AUGACAUCCCGGGAGCAGCUGGUGCAGCAGGUGCUCCAGGAACUGCAGGAGGCGGUGGAGUCCGAGGGCCUGGAGGGUCUGGUGGGCGCUGCUCUGGAGGCCAAGCAGGUCCUGUCCUCCUUCACCCUCCCCACCUGCCGGGAGGGCGGCCCCAGCCGCCAGGUGCUGGAGGUGGACUCGGUGGCCCUGAGCCUGUACCCAGAGGACGCGCCCAGGAGCAUGCUGCCGCUGCGCUGCCAGGGCGAGGGCAGCCUGCUGUUCGAGGCGGCCAGCCUGCUGCUGUGGGGCGACACGGGCCUCAGCCUGGAGCUGCGGGCGCGCACCGUGGUGGAGAUGCUGCUGCACAGGCAGUACUACCUGCAGGGCAUGAUCGACUCCAAGGUGAUGCUGCAGGCCGUGCGCUACUCGCUCUGCUCCGAGGAGUCCCCCGAGAUGACCAGCCUGCCCUCCGCCACGCUGGAGGCCAUCUUCGAUGCGGACGUCAAGGCCACGUGCUUCCCUAACAGCUUCUCCAACGUGUGGCACCUGUACGCCCUCGCCUCCAUCCUUCAGCGCAACAUCUACUCCAUCUACCCCAUGCGCAACCUCAAGAUCCGGCCCUACUUCAACCGCAUCAUCCGGCCCCGCCGCUGCGACCACGUGCCGGCCACGCUGCACAUCAUGUGGGCUGGCCAGCCCCUGACCAGGCACCUCUUCCGCCACCAGUACUUUGCCCCUGUGGUGGGACUGGAGGAGGUGGAGGCUGAAGAGGCUACCUGCCUGGCCCCUGCUGCUCCGGCCUCCGCUCCUCCUGCCCCGGCUCCUUCGGCUCCUCCUGCCCCGGCUCCUCCAGUUGCAGCGGCAGCUCCAGCUCCGGCGCCACCGCCAGCCAAGACCCCGGAGCUGCUCCCCCAGGAGCCUGGCCUCAGCUACUCCCACUUCUGUGAGCGCUACAGCGUCACCAAGAGCACCUUCUACCGCUGGCGGCGACAGUCCCAGGAGCACCAGCAGAAGUUGGCCACCCUCUGCUCAGCCAAGCAUGUCCUGCAGGACAGUGUCCGCCGUGGGGGCAUCAUGUCACUGCAGCAGUUUCUCCAGCGGUUCCCCGAGAUCUCCCGCUCCACCUACUAUGCCUGGAAGAACGAGCUGCUGGGCACUGGCGCCUGCCAGCCGCCGGCCCCCAAGGAGGCGCUGGGUGUGGAGGAGCAGGAGAAGCUGCCAGAGGAGCCGGCUCCCGAGGGGCCGGGGUGCUCCAUGCUGCCCGUGUCCAGCCCCGGAAUGGUCCUCAUGCAGCGGGCCAAGCUGUACCUGGAGCACUGCAUCUCCCUGAACACACUGGUGCCUUAUCGCUGCUUCAAACGCAGGUUCCCUGGCAUCUCCCGCUCCACCUACUACAACUGGCGCCGGAAGGCCCUCCGGAGAAACCCCAGCUUCAAGCCGGCCCCAGCCGUCUCCACAGCCCCGGCUCCCCAGCCAGUAUCUGCUGGGGAAGAGGCUCUGCUCCCUGAGAAGGGUGAGGUGGGAGAGGGGCCAGGAAAAGCAACGGGUGUGGGGGGGUCACCCACCCCCCAGGAGUUCCUGCCCCCGAGGAUGCCCCUGUCCCGUCGGCAGAGGCGUCUGCGCAGGGCUGCCCGCAAGCAGGUGCUCAGUGGGCAUCUCCCCUUCUGCCGUUUUCGCCUCCGCUACCCUAGUCUGUCCCCCUCCACCUUUUGGGUCUGGAAGAGUCUUGCCCGGGGCUGGCCCAGAAGCCUGUCCAAACUCCAGAUCCAGGCUCCUACCCUGGGCAAAAGGGGGGUGCAGGAGGAUGAGGCGAAGCGAGAGGAAGAGGCUGGCAGGAAUGUGACAGCUGCCAUGGUCCCAGCUGCAGGGACCCCAAAGGUGGCAGCUCCUCCAGGAGAGGAUCCAGGGAAGGCCCAGGAGGGUCCUUCCAGAGAGAGGGCCCUGCCAGAGGGGGCCACGGCUCAGGGGUGGCCCCACAGUGGGUCCUGGCCCAGCCACCCUGUGGUGGCGGCGGCAGGUGGCAGGGACAGCCAGGCGCUGAUGAUGGACAUGCUCGCCACCACGAAGUUCAAGGCUCAGGCCAAGCUCUUCUUGCAGAAGUGUUUCCAGUCCAAGAGCUUUCCCUCUUACAAGGAGUUCAGCGCCCUCUUCCCCCUCACCGCCCGCUCCACCUACUACAUGUGGAAGCGAGCCCUGUACGACGGCCUCACCCUGGUUGAUGGCUGA